CAAUGAUCUGUCUAAUCCAACAGACUGAUCGCCGUGUAAAAUAAUUUAACAAUAUUACGAUUACUUUAUUUGUUUUAAGUUUUAAGGUUAUUUAAUAACUAUUUUAUAGGUUUUGGUACUUCAUUUUAAAGUGAAUUUCGUGGCAGUGAGUUCUUCAGUGCUCAUAGAAUAAUAACAAAAUGGGAAGUCAUAAUAGUCAUGAAAAGUCUUCAGCCGAAGGAGGCAGUGGUUCCAGUACUCCUCGAGGAUCCCAGCGAGGUACACGGUCAGGAUCAAGUGGAGAACUGCCUGAGAAACCAGAACCUACUCAAACCACGUCAAUGGUGCCUGUUGAGAAACUGGCAAAGUUGCUGGUUCAACGGUCACAGAAAGAAGAUGGCGUGAAUGGAGUCACGGAGAACUGCUUCACUAAAUAUCUGUUCCCAAUGUAUCCGGAUCUGGCGAGACACUUCUUCAAAUAUCUCCACAAGACCGGAAAGUGUAAAAACAAGCAUAUAAAUCUGUCGACGUUCAAACAACAAUGCGAACGUAUUAUGGCCAUGCUUGAUGACAAUGCUAUUAUUGAAGCUUAUGUCAGGAUGUUCACUUCAGAUUCGGAUGAAAGUGUUGUAACUCCGGACGGCUUAAGAAGUCUACUCUACAUAAGCUAUAAAUUGUCCAUGGACCACUAUCCGGAAGGACCACAGACCUGUCUAAUGAUAAAUAAAACAUUAUCAGCGGUAAUCAAUGGCUGCUUUAAUAAGAAAGAUUCGCAUAGUGUUGGUUUUGUGGUGCGUUGGUUGGGAGAGCAUUGCCACAGACUUAUAUUUCCCGUUCAUAGAUAUUGCGUCCAUAUGUUAGCGACCCGCCACCGAGAUAUAGAAGCGCAUGUGGAGUCGAACGGUUCCGGCGCGGGCUUGGAGCUGGCGACGCCGGUGCUGGAGCGCGGCGCGUGGCUCGCCGGCAGCGGCGCGCUGCUGCCCGUGUCCGCCGCCUGGCUGCUCGCCGCCACCGCGCCCCCCUUGUACUCCAGGCCGGCCAAACCUCCGCCCGCACAGCACUCCGGCGGCGGUUCCGCUGCGGCGCUGUGGCUGGCGCGGCUGGUGUGCGCGGUGCCGUCGCACUGGGCGCCGCUCUACGCCUCGCGCGAACACGGCCUCGGCGCCAACCGCUUCCUGCAUCACACCCUCGCCUACAGAGGCCCCACUCUCGUGGUGGUGGCGGCGGCGGAGAUGACGGCCGUGGUGGCGUGUCCGCAGGAGUGGCGCGAGACGCACCAGUACUGGGGCGGGCCUGACUGCGCACUAAUACAAUUAUAUCCCACAUUCGCAGUAAUAGAGCACGCACCAAAGAUGCUGUAUCUGAACACGUCUAUCCGCGGCUACCCGCGCGGGCUGCGCGCCGGCAGCGACCCGCGCAAGCCGCUGCUCUCCGUCAAUGAUGACUUCGACUCCUUCACCUUCCAGGGCGUGCCUUACACUAUACAGGCUAUCGAGGUAUGGGGCUGCGGCGAUCAGACGUCGCGGGAAAACCAACUAGAAGUUAAGAAAUGGCAGGUUCGCGAGGCUGAGAGGCAAAGACAAGUCAAACUAUCCGCCGCUGAUUGGAUAGAACAUCCCGAUAGAUAUUUAUUAGAGCUAGCGGGUAGACCGCAAUACAAUAAUUCUGCAAGCUAGUAAUCUAACACUGCAGCCCCGGGAAACACUGCAGUUUAGGGAAACGGAACAUCACAAAUAGAAAUAGUCAGUUGGAACAUAUUGAAGUCAGUUGGAACAUACUGAAGUCAGUUGGAACAUACUGAAGUCAGUUGGAACAUACUGAAGUCAGUUGGAACAGAAACAUACUAAAUAUAGUUGAAUCAUACUCCAAUUACUCGGAUCGUGAUCGAGUAAGUCUGGACUUAUUGCAGUCAGUUGGAACAAACUGGAGUCAAUUGGAACAUACUAAAGUCCAUUGGAACUUCCUGUAGUCUAUUGGAACUUCCUGUAGUCUAUUGGAACAUCCUGUAGUCUAUUGGAACAUACUAAAGUCAGUUUGAACAUACUGGAGUCAGUUGGAACAUACUGAAGUCAGUUGGAACAUACUGAAGUCAGUUGGAACAUACUGGAGUCAAUUAGAACAUACUGCAGUCUGUUGGAACAUUCUGAAGAUAGAAAUAAACUGUAGUGUCAGGGAACAUAAUGCAGUGAUCGGGAAAAAUAAUUGUGUAUAUAAAAUGACAGUUGCCAAGUGAUCUUAAUAUAAUUUUAACGUUGAAGAAAUUUUUUCAACAAAGUCAGUGCCUUUUUGCCGAUUUAAUAUUUUCGGUUAAAAUAAAUGAACGUAGAAACCUUUCUAUUCCGAUAUUUUAAACUAAGGCCUUCAUUUAGUUGCGUACAAAAUAAAUCUAAAACUUUCUAGUCUAGUAAUAGAAAGUAUUAAUAUUAUAUUUAAAUUAUUGUUUUAAUCUGUGCUUUGCAAGUUUUUUAAGUACUUAAGGUACAAGACAAAAAAAAUAUAUUUUAGAUCUGUGUCAUUUAUUUUUAUAAAUAGGAAUAAGAUGGAAUGCAAAAAGACAGAAAAAAUAAAGUGACUCUAGCAUUUUAAAACAUGUCGAAAUCGCAUUUUGUUGUCAAAGAUUUUCUUUUAUUUUUGAUUCUUAAUCGCUUUAACACAAAAUAAAUCUUACUAAUAUUAUAAAUGCGUAAGUUU